CCGAAAGCGCGGAAGGCCCCCGACGGCGUCCCAGGAGCCGGGCUGGCGCCUCAGCGGCCGGGAGGGAGGCCCCCAGGAUGGCGAUGCUGGCGGAGCCCCGUAGAAGGCAGAAGUGGUCUGUGGAUGCACGAAACAGUGCUUGGAGUAAAGAUGAAUCUAAAUUUGGCCAGAAGAUGCUGGAAAAGAUGGGCUGGUCCAAAGGAAAGGGUCUUGGGGCUCAGGAACAAGGGAAUACAGAACAUAUCAAGGUUCACGUGAAAAACAACAUGCUGGGGUUAGGAGCAACCAUCAAUCACGAGGACAGCUGGAUUGCUCAUCAGGAUGACUUCAACCAGAACUGAAUGAUUGCCAUGGACAGGGUGAAACAGCUGCAAUGUCAAGACACAGGGUGGUGUAGAGAACCAGUUCUCUACAUGCAGUUUUGUCUCAACAUUGCUGCUGCUGCUGCAAAGCCGCUGCUGCCAAGGCGCAUCGGGCAAUGCCGCACCGGGGCCCCCAGGAGCCGUCCGCGAGGUAAACAACCUCGUGCACCUGCACGAGGUAAAAAGGGCGCGAAAAGGGCAGAAGGUCAUCUCUAGGGCACGGACUGCACGUACUCAUUUGCCAUCUGCACAUGAGCAGGAGUCCCCAGAUGCCCCAGCCCGUUUCUGGAAGGUUCCGAGAGGGCGGACUGCGCAUGACAGUUAAUCUGCAUGGGAAGCGAGGAAGCACCUCCCAGAGGUGGGGCAAGAACCUAUAAAAACUGCAGACUGUGUGAAUGGGGGGGUGGGGGGCUUGCUUGGGACGACUGAAGAACUCGAGCGGAGUCAGCAGAACCAGAUGGGAGCUUCCCGCCUCUGCCCCCCACCCCCGCCGCCGCCGAGACUCCCAAGAGAAGAGGACCAAUGGGACGCUGCUGGAUCCACGGGUGGUGAUAUCUGUCUUUCCCUCUCUCUCUCUCUCUCUCUCUCUGUCUUCCCCUUUUCCUCUCUUUUUCCUAAACGUGUGACGCGAGACGUGUCUAGUUAGUUGAUUCCAUUUUGCCUUAAUAAAUCUUAAAAGUGGU